AUGGGCUGCAGGCCGACAGUGUUCCACAUCGAGGGUACUCCUCCUCCCCGUCCUGCAGGACGAGAACCGAAGAGGUUCCUGGGGAGACCAACCGGUUUCCGGCUCCUUCCGGAUCAGGCUUCUCUGGACCAGACCGUUCGGGUAGGCACGGAUCUUCUGAGCUCCGCCCUGGCUCCCUGGCAGCGCUUGGAUGCCCUGAAGUCGUGUUUCUACCCUUCACUUCAGUAUGAGAUGACGACCGCCCAGCGGAAGAAAACCCAAUGGAGGAAGGUUGACACCACCCUUCGCCCCCUCAUUAAGUACACGCUGUAUCUUCCCCGGGAAGCAACGAAUUCAUACCUACAAGGGGACGUGAAGAAGGGGCUGUUUGGCAUACCGGAAGCUGCCCUGGACUCCGACAUCGCAGCCAUCGAUUCGGCGUUCAAGCUUCUGACCUCCAGGGAUCCCCGGGUUAAGGAUCUUACCUGGGCGGGCUUAAAGGACUUCACGGCCGCCUGCAUCCAUCGACAGCCAUCUAUGGAUGAUCUUUGCCACUUCCUGUCCAGGUCCGCGGCCCUUCACUGCUCACACCCAACGACGUCCACCGGGUCGAGAGCUCAAGCCGCCUUGGAUCGCCUUGGGGUAACGUGGGAACUGACCGAGGAGAGAGAGGUCGCCAUCGUCCUCGGAUCGACGACCAUAACGGACGGAAGAAAGGUGUUCCAGCUCCUUCGUUGGCUGUUUCGGACGAGCCAUGCCGAGGAUCUCGCAGUCAUGCCUCAUCAAGGGAAGACUCACCCCUGCCUCUCGCAGUCCAAGGCCUCCACCCACUUCCACCGCGAGGGGAACUUUUCCCGGUUUGCCGACUGGAGGUUCGUACAUCGGGCUAGACUGGGUCUAGUCCCCCUGAAUGCCUACAAGCACGGGCCCAACAACUGCAAGAGGUGCAGGAAAUGUGGCAGCCCCCUGGAGAUCCUGCCGCACGUGAUCUGCCAUUGCCGGCAGUUCAGCCGCCAGUGGACCGCCCGGCACAACAAAGUGGUUGACCGACUGGUGAAGGCUGCCUCCGAGAGAUGGGAGGUCUACUCCGAGAAUCGCCCGCUGAUGGGAUCCAACCUGCGCCCGGAUAUCGUCUUGCGGAAGGAUGACAACUUCCUGCUGCUCGACGUAACAGUCUGCUUCGAUAACGGCCAGGAGGCCUUCGACGCUGCCCGGAGGAGGAAGGAGGAGAAGUAUGCCCCGCUGGUGGAAACCCUCCCCAUACGCAUUUCCCACAUGUCCCAGCGGGCAUUGGAAAGCCCUACAAUCAUGGCGGAGGAAACGGCCGUGUAUCCAUCCAGAAAUUUUGUUCAUGGCACUACGGCUUCCAAGCUAAUCGUCCCGGGAGCUAGUCAGUUUACAGCCCUUGCUUUCCCAAGGAAUGUAGCAUACACCUCGGUGACGACAAAAGAAGUCAUCAAAGAACACUUCUCAUUCAGAAACCACGGCAUCCAGAUGCCUAAAUUCCGAAGACUAAGGAAAGGAGGACAGGCAAUGGACUUCGGGACGUUGCGGGAAAGGGAGACCUUCAUCACUUUCGUGGGAGAAAUUCCGGAAUUGAAAAAUUUCAUUCGUUUCGUCUCUCCUGGUCAGGUGACCCACGAGUGA